GCACACCUCACGGUGAUUGGCUGCUGUGUUUAUUCCUGCGUUGCAUGCCUGUAACUGAAGUAGGUUCGUACGUGUUGAGUCGGUAUAAGACAUCUGCGUAUCCAAAAUGUCCUCCAGCGGACUUUUAACAAUGCAUCGUCAAAUCUAUACACGCCUGUCUCACAAAUACUUGUCAAGAACCUACACAUCUCGGCCAUCUCUUAAUGAAGUUGUCAUCGUCAGUGCAGCCCGCACUCCAAUGGGCUCAUUCAAAGGCAGCCUGACAGCAGUACCAGCCACCAAACUGGGCUCCAUUGCCAUCAAAGGUGCAAUUGACAGAGCAGGAAUCGCUCCCGAGGAGGUGAAGGAGGUCUUUAUGGGCAACGUGCUUCAGGCAGGAGAAGGACAGGCUCCUACAAGACAAGCUCUGCUUGGUGCAGGCUUGACCCUUAGCACUCCAGCAACAACCAUCAACAAAGUCUGUGCCUCUGGGAUGAAGUCUAUCAUGAUGGCAGCCCAGAGUCUAAUGUGUGGACAUCAGGAUGUCAUGGUGGCAGGGGGAAUGGAGAGCAUGUCAAAUGUCCCUUAUGUUAUGGCCAGAGAGACCCCAAGCUAUGGGGGAGUAAGGAUUGAAGACCUCAUUGUGAAGGAUGGUCUCACUGAUGUCUACAACAAAUUUCACAUGGGAAACUGUGCAGAGAACACAGCCAAAAACUGCAACAUCACCAGAGAGGAGCAAGACACUUAUGCCAUCAGUUCAUACUCCCGCAGCAAAGCAGCGUAUGAGUCUGGAGUGUUGGCCAAGGAGAUUGUACCAGUCAGCAUUCCCCAAAGAGGCAAACCUGAUGUGGUGGUGUCUGAGGAUGAGGAGUGGAGGAGAGUAGACUUCAGCAAAGUCCCCAAACUAAAGGCAGUGUUUCAGAAGGACAAUGGCACAGUGACAGCAGCCAAUGCCAGCACACUAAACGAUGGAGCUGCUGCUUUAGUUUUAAUGACGGCCGAUGCUGCUAAAAGACUCAACGUUACUCCUUUAGCCAGAAUUGUCUCUUUUGCUGAUGCUGCAGUUGCACCCAUAGAUUUCCCAAUUGCUCCUGCGUAUGCUGUACCAAAGGUUUUGGAUGCAGCAGGUUUGAAGAAGGACGAUAUCGCCAUGUGGGAGAUCAAUGAGGCCUUCAGCGUGGUCGUGCUGGCCAACAUCAAAAUGUUGGACAUCGACCCAACAAAAGUCAACGUAAACGGUGGUGCCGUGUCUCUGGGACAUCCAAUUGGGAUGUCUGGAGCCAGAAUUGUAGGUCACAUGGUGCACAAUCUGAAGUCAGGCCAAUAUGGUCUGGCGGGCAUCUGUAACGGUGGUGGUGGCGCUUCUUCUAUUCUGAUCCAAAAGCUGUAGGACACUUGAAACAUUGUUUCCCAGCUGCACUUGUGAGUUUAUUUGUUAUCUUCCUUUCUGUUUCAUCAGUUGGGACAAUAGUGCACUUUAUAUUUACUGUAAGGAACAGUGCUGUUACAAUUAUGAACCCUGUGGCCUUAAGCUAGAAAGACUCCAGAUUCAAACACUCCUCUGUUUGACCACAUGACUUGUGGAAAAAAUGAUGAAUAUUUAACUUGUUUGAAUAAAUAUUACAAUUUAUAUGAAACCC